UAUACUCGACCUGUAUUUGGUGCGCUUGUACCCCCAUUCUACCAGAUCUGAUGGCAACAGCUCUUAUCAACGUUCUUCUUGCCUACAAUGUUUAUUCGGCGCCCACCCCCCCUCACAAUACGACUUGUUUCCUGCAAAAUGUAUCUGAUGGUUACAACGAACCCCGGAAUUACCGAAUGAUAUGGGUCAUCGUCUAUAGCUGCCUCCUUACUGUAUUUGCUUGCGUUUGGACAGCAUUCACUCUGGUGCUUGCAUGGGACCAAUUUUUGAUAUCUCGAAAAAUAUCAGAAAAAUUCGAGAUGGUUGAAGGGUGGACCUUGACGCAUUCAUACUUUGUUGUCAUGAAUGGUUUCUUCGACCCGUCAGAAGGAAGCGUUGUGGGCCCCAAUGACUUGCAGCAAUACCCCGGCAUAAUUGAGAACACCGGGGAUACUAGAAAGGUCGCAAUAACACAGAAGGAAAUUCUUGACAGAAGCAAAGGCGAUGCGUUUUCCAAAAUUAUCACUGUCCUCCAACUACUCUGGUUUAUCACUCAAUAUGCCGAACGAUGGGCAAACCAUUUGCACAGAUCGCAACUCGAGACAAUGGCACUGGCAUAUGUGGCAUUAUAUAUCUUUGUUUACGUGUUGUGGUGGGAGAAACCUGUCAACGUUCAAUUUCCAAUCCAUGUGAUGCACAAGUCCCCUUCUGUUCCUCCGACUUCCGAGACGAGUGUUGAUCAACAAACACCUAAGACGGAGACUGAUGCAGAUCCGAUGUCCCUCAUGUGGGUGGAUGAGCCUAAGGGGUUGGAAUUCACGUCGAUAUUUGCAGCCACUGGGAUGAUCUUUGGGGGAAUUCAUUGCCUUGCAUGGUCGUUUCCCUUUCCAACAUGCACGGAGAUGAUUCUAUGGCGGGUUUCAGCGAUAUAUAUCACAGUAGCUCCUGUCUUUCUAUUCUUGAUUGGAUGGGUUGUGGAUGUCGCAUGGGUUAAGGCAUGGGUUGGGGAUUGUGUCGCAUGGCUUGAUGAUCAUGUUCAUGAGUCUAUUCUUAAGGGCAUAGUAUUACUUCCUCCACUUGUUUACACUGCUGCGCAGGUCACCCUGACUGUUCUCACCCUCAGUUCUUUGCAUUCACCUCCGCCCAGCCUGUACCAGACCCCAUCUUGGUCAUCAUUCAUCCCGCAUUUUGGAUAGUUGCGUAUGUACCGCGCUUCCAGUUAAAAUUGUGUUUAAUUACAGGACAAAUUUUGCCUCUUCCAACAUUUCUUUCCCCACUACAUUCUUUGC